AUGUCAUACUACGAUAGCGAUCUCAAAGCCGUACUCGCGCAGUUUCACAGCCAAUCAGACACCGACACGCGCAAGGACAUACUCAAGAAACUCAGCAAUAACCAGCUGUCGCGUGUAGUCAUCCAAGGCGUGAAAUGCGAGUUCGAAAGAGAAGGAUUAGAGGAAAUUGCGCUAGCCAUGCUCGAUGUCAUCUCCAGGGAUCCGCACUCGAACCUUGCGCAUAAUGUACAUGAAGAGAAUGGAGUCGCGGUGAAGCAUGAAGAAGCCGAUGGGGAGUGUGAGGUCGUGAUCAAGAUGGAAGAGCUAGAGGACGACGACGGGGUCACCAUGAUUAAAUCCGAGUCACAUGACAACGAGCUUGCCCCAGACCCGGGCCCGUCAACGAUAGCAUCAGUGUCCAUCAAUCCGAACCCCAAACGAGGCCGAGGAGCGCAAGAUCACCCCGGUACUUUCAAGGAGCGGCCAACGCAUGCAGAGGGAACUGAAUCAGCGUCCAGAGGUUCUAUGCCCAAGUUUUACCCUCGUGGUUACGGUCAGAUCGGCUACUUGGAGAGGACGCGCAAUCGAGGUGCUGCACGAGGUCCAAUGCACGAAUUUUACCCUCGUGGUCAUGGUCAAGCUGCCUACUUGGAGAGGUUUAGCAAUAGAGAUGCUGCUCAGGCCCGCUAUCCCUUCUUAAACAGGCCUCGCUGGCGUGUAUGA